AUGGAACUGGAUAUCCAGAAGCCACCAUAUGCAGGCAGUCAGUUGCUUGCAUCCUCUGUUGUGGGCGAUGGAGGUGUUAGCUGGAGGCUUAAAGCUUUGAAGCGUGCCAAGGAGGCAAGGAGCAAGCUGCUCGUGAAGGAACAAAACUCGAGGAUAGGCAGGAAACAUGGGAAUGCUGACUGCUCAGAAGAAAAUGCCAAAGGAAAUCCAGAGGGUCACCAAGAUGGUAACAGUGGCAGACGGGAUGUUUCUUCUCAGCGUAAUGCCAUGAGAACACCCAAACCUGAUUCUGUCCCAUGGAAAAAGACUAGACAGAAUAUAUCUUCCGAGGAGCAGGCACUUAUCUCUUCAGCGGUAGCCAGCUUAAAUAAGUUUUCUGAUGAUGGAAGCUUUAUGGAAAAGAUUAGCAAUCUUGAGAGCAACAACACAAAUGCUUCAGCUGUUAGUUCUAGUGUUAUCACUGAUGAGCAGAGGGACAAUAGGCAGAGAUCCCUUAAGGAGAGUUCAAGCAAAGUACAAUUAGUGAGCACUCAGACAUUAAAUGCAAACCAGAUGGCUGCAAACAUUCUGCAGCUCCGAAUGAAAGGCAAGUAUCGAGAAGCUGAACAACUUUCCGUUCGAGAGAAAUGGAAACUUUGCUGGAGAAUCAGGAUACUGCCCAUGAGAAGCCUGGCCAUGGAAAAGAAAAAAGCACAAUCAGUAUCAGGUAACUAUGUCCAACCAUUUGUUCCAUGGCAUACUCAUGUGCCUAGUGCAGAUGAUCGCAGGAAAAGAGAAGAGGAUGCUGACCUGCACUUGGCUAAUAAAAUUAUGCACAACAAGCGGUAUAACAUUUCUAAAAGUAUAGAGGGUGAAUAUGAUUUUGUUGAUGCUCCCACUAAAAAGGACAAAGAAAGAACAAACAGGCACAUGACGCAACGAGAAGCACUAUUUGAGCCUGUUGUCCCUGGGCAUUGCAUUAUUCUCCCAUUACAGCAUGAAUCUGCAGCAAGAACUGUUGAUCAGAACGUUUGGGGGGAGAUUCGCAACUUCAAGAAGUGCCUGUUGAAGAUGUUUGCACGGAAGGACAAGGAUGUGGUGUUUAUGGAGACUGUCAUAAGCCUGGCCAGACAACGGAGACACUGCAUGAUUGAGUGCAUCCCUGUCCCUUGUGAAGUUUCAAGCAAUGCCCCAAUGUACUUUAAAAAGGCUAUUGAUGAAGCUGAAGAAGAAUGGACCCAACAUGAGAUGAAGAAGGUUAUCCCAACAAGUGCAAGCCGCAACUUGAGGCAGGUCAUCCCAGAGAACUUUGCCUACUUCCACGUGGAGUUUGGGUUGGACCGUGGUUUUGUGCAUGUAAUAGAUGACGAGAGCAAGUUCAGCGCUGGGUUUGGAUUGAAUGUCAUCAGAGGGAUGCUGCAGUUGCCAGCGGAGGACAUGCACCGUCGGCGAAGGCACGAGUCCAUGGAUAACAAGAGGCAGGCUGUUGCUAGCUUCAUGAAGGAAUGGGAGCCCUUCGAUUGGACAAAGCAACUUGAUUGA